AUGCCGACGCUUACAGGCGGAUCUCCAGAGACUGGUCAGGCAUACUGUGAUUCCAAACCAUUUACGGCCCUCAGAGAUCCUGAUAUCAACAACCCGCACGACGUUUACAAAAGCCCAAGAAUGGAUCACCAAACCAUGCCUAACGGGGAGGAUGGGCACAAGACCUGGACCAGGAUCUACCUGUUCUACCUUCACGUCGCCGUCAAGCUGCGAGGCGCCGAUACCAUCGAGGCUAGACUUCAGCGGGUGCUGCACCAGCACCAGCACCAGCAGCAGUCGACGCCGGACGGCACUGGCCUUGCCGUGACGCUCAGCAGCUCUGAUCGCACGCUUCUAAACAUCUUUGGGGAUUAUAUGCUCGAGCGUCUCUGCCGCCUCAACCCAGCCGACGAGUGGGCCGACGGGUACGAGCGCUUCUUGGCCCGGCUUCCUGGCCACAUCGGCCGGCAAGACAUCGACGAGGAUACGCUCAGGUUCUGCAAGUGGCUAUACUCCACUCUCUCAGACCUACAGAUCAUUGAGCAGCUGCCGGAAGGUGUACCGUAUCUUUCGCCACAGGACCUCAAGAUACUGACCAGUGACAACCUCGUAGCUUCCUGGAGCAGCAGCACAGGACCCCCAGCUGCCGCCGCCACGGCGGCUCCCAGCAUGCAGACGGCAGAACCCGUCAACGUGCGUGGCUCGCUGGGCGAGGAGGAAGACGACGAAUACCUCACUGGGUUCACGUCAGCGGCGGAUUCUUCAGCGUCGGCCAUAACUUCCCCGUUUGGUUCGUCAACAGGACUAAGCAGGCUUUCGACCCCAUCCAACCAGUCGGCUAGCCUCCACCCAGUGACCACGACCGCGGCCACCCCUGCCAAGAACAAAAAACCUCAGCCGGAGCACGGAUUGGACCACGACGGGGGUCUUCGGGUCCGCGGAAUGCAGCGGCAGCAGCAGCAGCAGCAGCAGCAGCAGCAGCAGCAGCAGCAGCAGCAGCAGCAGCAGCAGCAGGACUUUGUUGCACAAGAAUCCAGCGGCAUUGUUCGUCCGCUCCCGCCUGUGAGCCACCGGGUCGACUUGCCCGCCUGGAAUACGCGCGGCGGCGGCCGAGCGGGCGACUACCAUAACGCCCAGCGAGGCGGUCUGUCGUACAGCUUCGUCCCAUACAGUUCGAUGCCUGCAGUGGCACCGGCACUUCAUCCGCCACCAAGAGGAGCGUAUCCGCCGGGCUACUUUCGCUACGACCGGCCUCUGUCUCCGCCCUCCCUGGCAAGGUUCGACUCAGUCUUGGGGAGGAUGCUGCCGAGUAACUUUCCAGCCCCGUACUACCCGUCAAUGCCAUCCACUCAACCUGCCUAUUUCACCUAG